AUGGCCAUCGCAAUAGGUCUCGAAGGCUCUGCCAACAAGCUCGGUGUCGGCGUCAUUCUCCAUCCCUCUUCCCAAGCCGACAGCCCUCAGACACGACAAGCACCUUCGAAACAUGACAGUCCUCCGGUCCAAAUUUUGUCCAACCUGCGUCAUACCUAUGUCUCGCCUCCAGGCUCUGGUUUCCUGCCCAAGGAUACCGCUGCCCACCAUCGCCGCUGGGUCGUACGUCUAGUCAAGCAGGCCAUGAAGCAAGCACGAGUCUCGGUCGACGACAUUGACUGCAUCUGCUUUACCAAAGGCCCUGGUAUGGGUGCUCCUCUCGGUGCUGUCGCUAUCGCUGCUCGUAUGCUAUCCCUUCUCUGGAACAAGCCACUUGUUGGUGUCAACCACUGUGUCGGCCAUAUCGAGAUGGGUCGUGCCAUCACUGGUGCCCAGAACCCUGUCGUCCUCUAUGUCUCCGGUGGAAACACCCAGAUCAUCGCAUACAGUGCUCAACGAUACCGUAUCUUUGGUGAAGCCCUUGACAUCGCCGUUGGUAAUUGCCUGGACAGAUUCGCCAGAGUUCUAGCUAUUAGCAACGACCCUGCUCCUGGUUACAACAUUGAACAAAUGGCAAAGAAGGGUAAGGUCCUGGUCGAGCUGCCUUACGCUGUCAAGGGUAUGGAUGUCAGUUUCUCUGGCAUCCUCGCGCGUAUCGAGGAGUUGGCAAAGAAGCUAGAGGCUGGUCAGAACGGCAAGACUGAAGUAUGGAAAGAUGAAGAGACGGGAGAAGACAUUACUCGUGAAGAUUUGUGCUUCAGCUUACAGGAGACUGUCUUUGCUAUGCUGGUUGAGAUUACCGAGCGCGCCAUGGCCCAUGUCGGUGCAAGUCAGGUCUUGAUUGUUGGCGGUGUCGGCUGCAACGUCAGACUGCAAGAUAUGAUGGGUAUGAUGGCAAGUGAGCGAGGAGGAAGCGUCUAUGCAACCGACGAGCGCUUCUGCAUUGACAAUGGUAUCAUGAUUGCCCACGCUGGUCUGCUUGCCUACCGUAUGGGUCAGACGACCGACAUCAUGGACAGCAGUUGCACGCAGAGGUUUAGGACGGAUGAACCCUUGAUCAAUUGGAGAGACUAA